AACAAGGUAGAGGAGUGUGGAAACGCAGAGCGAGAUAGUUAACGUGCAGUCUUUAAAGUAAAAUUAUUUACUUUAAGUAUUCAAUAUUAUGUAUACUAAAAAGCUAAGGAAGAACAUUGUUCAAAGGACGCGUUUUUGAAUUUACGUCAGCGCCCACAAACGUGCACUGCGAAGGAUGCAGACUCGGCUCAUGUUCGGCUGACGUGAGGAUGACAUCCUACUCGACGGGAGAGGCCCUGUGGUAAUUUAUUUAACAUUUGACCUUUUCCCGCUAUCGAGUUCAACAAAUAGACCAUUUUAGAAGUUGCAGGGUCGCGCCGGUCGUCGACCAGUCUAAGUAGCGACCGCAGGUAGCUGAGCGCGAGGCUGUCCGACGUCGCCAUCUUUAGCACGGCGACCAGCGUCACAAGUACAAAAACCCGAUCGGCACACGCAUGCGCGAAGAUUGUCACUUCUUGGACUUGCAAUAUUUAACGACGGGGCUUUUGCGACGUCACGGUCGCUGGUACUUGAAUGUUUUGUAUAAAGAAAAAAUAAAAUAAAAAUGAGCAAGGGGUAGAUUUAAAAAAACACUUCUGCUAUUGUAAACAAUGACACAUGGGGGCGCCACUGACUCCCACUCCAUAGUUUAUUUUCUUAAAUGUUGAUUUUUUUUUUAAACGAGGCAUUUACUAUAACUCAAUAUUUAUCUGCAGCCUUACAAACAUAAACGUUAAAAUUGUAAAUAUUUACUGUAGAAAAAGUAUAAAACAAAUGUUUUUUUUGCAAUUUAAGGCUGCUGAAUACAUCGUUAAGGUUUCUGUACGAAUCCAUCCGGUUUCAAAACACUGUAUUUUUUAGAUAACGCUUGUUUUGUAUGUUAUCUUUUAUAUGGCAUUGUUAGUAGUAUAAAGAUUACAAAAAACAUGGUAACUGUAUAGGCGGACACAAACAUAACUUUUGAUUGAUUGAUUGAAACUUUUAUUAGUAGAUUGCACAGUACAUAUUCCGUACAAUUGACCACUAAAUGGUAACACCCGAAUAAGUUUUUCAAGUUGUUUAAGUCGGGGUCCACGCAAAUCAAUUCAUGGUAACUGCCAUAGUGGUGUAUAAAGAGAGUAUGGCCAACUAAACGUGAGGCGCCAUGUUUGCUACCAUAGACGUGUGCGGCUGUGCCCGGAUGCAUGCGAUUGCUGUCAUUUUGACGUUAGUUUUUCUGACGAAAUAAGCCAAAAUAAUGUCUGUCUAUAGUUCUAAACAUACACCAGCUCAUAAACUUACAGUAAAACAUGUUUUUAUUUUGUGAAUUUUGUUGCUACGUUCCUGCAGUGUUUGGUGACCAGCAGGCACUGAAACACACAUUUUAUAACCCACUGUAUUUACAAUCAGAAUCAGAAAUACUUUAUUAAUCCCCAAGGGAAAAUUAAGAUUCUUUAUAAAGUAUAAGAUAUAGCGGCUGAAGUUCCUGCGCUGUAGGCGCCAAUGCGGCGUCUCUAUUCAUGUAUGAUGUCUAUGGUGACAACCACAGUAGGCCUCUGACGUUGUCAUUGCUUGAUGGCGACAAAGCCAGCACUUUGCUACAAUAAAAUAAAAACGUUAUUUAGCCCUCGCUUGCGAAACUUUGUUUUGUUGAUUGUUGUGUGUAGUCUGAAAAGAGAAAAAAGCAGUUAAGCUACGUGUAGAAUAUAGUAGUGGGCAAUGCAUGCUAGGCUAGCUAACAUGACCUAGCCAGGGGAGCUGAAGUAGAGCAGGCGUACAAUACUGUGUUUAAAAUUAUGCUUACAAAUAACAAAAGUCAACCAUUCCACAUUCUAAAAGGAUCAGCAGUGGAACGUUUAGACAGUAUUUGAUCACGUGACAACGGCACUUAAUGGUGAAUUCUACCGCUGUCAUUACGCUAGACAUCUAGCUCACAUGAGGGAGCCGCAUUCCCGCCACUGAUUGGCCGGGGAGAAGAUGUUGGGUCUUCCGCCAGAGCUCUGGGUGUCUGUGUUCGGUUACCUGAGCACAGAGGAAAAGCACGCCGUUCGUUGCUGCUGUAGGGCCUUCAAAAAGCUGGUCGACCACCCGUACCUGUGGAGGAGGUACACGGUGGUGCUGAGGGACCUCGACCGCUACACCUUUGGCUUCUGGGACACUCUGCACCAGCGCAAGCUGACCCGGGUGGCCGUGCGUCACCUUCGACGGAAAGAAUGGCAGCGGCUCGUCAAGUUCCUCCCGGCGCUCACCGCCAUCGUGUUCGUGGGCGGAGGGCAUGUGUACAAGCAGAAGUACCUGCACCCCCUGCUGCAGUUCCCAAACAUCAGAGACUUGGGCGUACGGGACACCACCUGGACGGAGCCCGUGCUGGGCACCAGCCUGAUCGCCCACCUGAGGGAUCGGCUGACACACAUGAGCGUGUGCAACGUCAGCCUGACGUGCACCGUCUCCUUCAUUCAGGCCGUGUCGCAGCUCAGCAACCUGCGGUACCUGCUCUUCCACCAACAGGGCUACGACCUGGACGAGGUUCGUCCUGUGCCCCUGGAAGACUUCCACCACAUGAUGAUGCACCUGAAGAAGCUCAAACACCUCUCAUGGGGAAUGAGGGGCAAGCCGCAGGAUCCUCUGCCUGACAACUGGCCGAGCCCACCAGAUCCUCGGCACCCGGGAUCUCAGUACAGCGGCCCAGCUCUGACCACCUUGGAGCUGGAGGUCUACCCUGAGACCAUCCUGCCUGAGACAGCCCUGUGGAACUUGACCUCACUCAAGUCACUGACGGUGCGCUACAGGUACUUUCAAGAUGGCGUGGAUUGUCGCCUAAACUCCUGGCUAAGACCCCUCAAGAACUUGGAGUCUCUCAGCAUCAUCGGCCCGAACUCUCUGGCCGUCUACACGACCACCAUUCCCGCCAGCGUGACUAGCCUGACGCUGCGUGUGGCCAUCACUCUCAAGGACUUGGACUCAAUCGCUCCGAAAGGCCUGUCUCUGGAGCACCUGGACAUUGGGCAGAAUCGCUCCAACGGCAGCCUGUGUCGCUGCAUCCCCACGUUGUUCCCUCAACUCAGGACGCUGCGCAUAAGGUUCUUCCAUCGGGAGCCGGAGAAGGACUUGCUGAACCUUCACCGCCUGCGGCACUUGGAGCGCCUGGAGCUGCUGGUGGAGCGCUCCUUAAUCCUGAGGGGCUACCUGAACGGACACCCGUGGCCUGGACCCUCCGUGCAAGAGCUCAUCAACCAGCUGCGGGGGAUGUCGGCCAAUAGGAUUACAGUAGUCACCGCCAUGCGCCAGAGAAACCCUCUAAGGGAAUGCAACUGUGUGUGGGAGGGAGACCGAUGAUCCCAGCAGAACUUCUUCGUCUCCAGAUUAAUUUAUGAAUUAAUCUUGCCUUCUUUUAUACUUCCUCCAAAUGAGCCGUUUGGAAUUUGCUAACAUUACUAUGCUAGCAUGUUAACAUUAGUAUGCUAACAACUUUUUUAGCUAUUUUUCUGAAAUGUAUGUAGCCAGGUAGGAAAAAAGGAAUUUUACAAUGUAUUUCCGAGAGGACUCCACUAGGGGUCAUUGUGGCAUCUGGUGUGUUUGCAACUUUGCAAAGGCAUAAGACUGUGAAUAAGUGAGCGUUGGAUGAGAGCCAAGAAAAAGGAAGUUGUGUUUGAACUCGUUGCUUUGAGAGAAACGUGUGUAUACUUUUGUUGCUACUCCAAAGGUCAUUCGGGAGAUUUUGGACAAAUAUGUGGCGACUUGUCCAGGGUGCACCCCGCCUUCCGUCCAAAAGCAGCUGAGAUAGGCUCCAGCACCCACCGCGACCCCGGAAGGGACAAGCGGUAGAAAAUGUAUCCAUCCAUCCAUCCAUCUUCUUCCGCUUAUCCAAGGUCGGGUCACGGGGGCAGCAGCCUAAGCAGGGAAGCCCAGACUUCCCUCUCCCCAGCCACUUUGUCCAGCUCCUCCCAGGGGAUCCCGAGGCGUUCCCAGACCAGCCGGGGGAGAUAGUCUUCCCAAAGUGUCCUGAGUCUUCCCCGUGGCCUCCUACCGGUCGGACGUGCCCGAAACACCUCCCCAGAGAGGUGUUCGGGGCAUCCUGACCAGAUGCCCGAACCACCUCAUCUGGCUCGUCUCGAUGUGGAGGAGCAGCGGCUUUACUUUGAGCUCCCACCGGAUGACAGGGCUUCUCACCCUAUCUCUAAGUGAGAGCCCCGCCACCCGGCGGAAGAAAUUAAUUCCGGCCGCUUGUACCCGUGAUCUUGUCCUUUCGGUCAUAACCCAAAGCUCAUGACCAUAGGUGAGGAUGGGAACGUAGAUCGAACGGUAAAUUUAGAGCUUUGCCUUCCGGCUCAGCUCCUUCUUCACCAGAACGGAUCGAUACAGCGUCCGCAUUACUGAAGACGCCGCACCGAUCCGCCUGUCGAUCUCACAAUCCACUCUUCCCUCACUCAUGAACAAGACUCUGAGGUAAUUGAACUCCUCCACUUGGGCAAGAUCUCCCCCCCAACCCGGAGAUGGCACUCCACCCUUUUCCGGGCGAGAACCAUGACCUCGGACUUGGAGGUGCUGAUUCCCUUCCCAGUCGCUUCACACUCUGCUGUGAACCGAUCCAGUGAGAGCUGAAGAUCUUGGCCAGAUGAAGCCAUCAGGACCACAUCAUCUGCAAAAAGCAGAGACCUAAUUCUGCAGCCACCAAACCAGAUCCCCUCAACGCCCUGACUGCGCCUAGAAAUUCUGUCCAUAAAAGUUAUGAACAGAAUCGGUGACAAAGGGCAGCCUUGGCGGAGUCCAACCCUCACUGGAAACGGGUCCGACUUACCACCGGCAAUGCGGACCAAGCUCUGACACUGAUCAUACAGGGAGCGGACCACCACAAUCAGACAGUCCGUUACCCCAUACUCUGAGCACUCCCCACAGGACUUCCCGGGGUACACUGUCGAAUGCUUUCUCCAAGCCUAAAAGCACAUGUAGACUGGUUGGGCAAACUCCCAUGCACCCUCAAGAACCCUGCCGAGAGUAUACAGCUGGUCCACAGUUCCACGACCAGGACGAAAACCACACUGUUCCUCCUGAGUCCGAGGUUCGACUAUCCGGCGUAGCCUCCUCUCCAGUACACCUGAAUAGACCUUACCGGGAAGGCUGAGGAAAAUGGAUGACUGGCACUCUAUUUUCUCUAAAUUCUAGUAGUACCAAAAUGUGUUGCCUGGCAAAAUCGUUAUCAUUUGGAAUUUGAUGUCUGCAACAUGUUCAAAAAAAGCUGGCACAAGUGGCAAAAAAGACUGAGAAAGUCGAGGAAUGCUCAUCAAACACAUAUUUGGAACAUUCAACAGGUGAACAGGCUAAUUGGGAACAGGUGGGUGCCAUGAUUGGGUAUAAAAGAAGCUUCCAUGAAAUGCUCCGUCAUUCACAAACAAGGAUGGGGCGAGGGUCACCACUUUGUGAACAAAUGCGUGAACAACAUUUCUCAACAAGCUAUAGCAAGAAAUUUAGGGAUUUCACCAUCAAUGGUCCGUAAUAUCAAAAGGUUCAGAGAAUCUGGAGAAAUCACUGCACGUAAGCGAUGAUGUUACGGACCUUCGAUCCAUCUUCUUACGAAAAGCGACAUCAGUGUGUGAAGGAUAUCACCACAGAACACUUCAGAAAACCACUGUCAGUAACUACAGUUCGUUGCUACAUCUGGAAGUGCAAGUUAAAACUCUACUAUGCAAAGCCAAAGCCAUUUAUCAACAACACCCAGAAACGCCGCCGGCUUCGCUGGGCCCGAGCUCAUCUAAGAUGGACUGAUACAAAGUGGAAAAGUGUUCUGUGGUCGGACGAGUCCACAUUUCAAUUUUUUUUGGGAACGUGGAUGUUGUGUCCUAAGGAACAGAGAGGAAAAUAAUUAUCCGGAUUGUUCUAGGUGCAAAGUUCAAAAGCCAGCAUAUGUGAUGGUAUGGUAUGGGGGUGUAUUGGUGCCCAAAGCAUGGGUAACUUGCACAUUUGUGUUGGCACCAAUAAUGCUGAAAGGUACAUACAGGUUUUGGAGCAACAGAUGUUGCCAUCCAAGCAAUGUUAUCAUGGACGCCCCUGCUUAUUUCAGCAAGACAAUGCCAAGCCACGUGUUACAACACCGUGGCUUCAUAGUGAAAGAGUGCGGGUACUAGACUGGCCUGCCUGUGGUCGAGACCUGUCUCCCAUUGAAAAUGUGUGGCGCAGUAUGAAGCCUAAAAUACCACAAUGGAGACCCCGAACUGUUGAACAACUUAAGCUGUACAUCAAGCAAGAAUGGGAAAUAAUUCCACCUGAAAAGCUUCAAAAAUUGGUCUCCUCAGUUCCCAAAAUGUUUACUGGGUGUUGCUAAAAGGAAAGGCCAUGUAACACAGUGGUAAAAAUGCUCCUGUGCACACUUUUUUUGAAUGUGUUGCUGCGAUUAAAUUCUAAGUUAAUUAAUAUUUGCAAAAAAAAAAUUAAGUUUCUCAGUUCGAACAUUAAAUAUAUUGUCUUUGAAGUCUAUUCAAUUGAAUAUAUGUUGAAAAGGAUUUGCAAAUCAUUGUAUUGUGUUUUUAUUUACGAUUUACACAACGUGCCAACUUCACUGGUUUUGGGUUUUGUACAACCACCUUUCUCCCAAAGCUACGAGUUCACUCACAUUUACCUCAGAGUGAUACGACUAGUUGACACAUGAAAGCUGUUGGCCUUCUAGUAUGCUAACAUUAAAAUGCUAACUUUUAUAGCCUCUGAAUAUUUUACCUUUCACAUCCUGGCUCCAAUGAUUCAGACUUAUUUUUUUCCCAACCUCCCAAUUUUUUUUUUUUUAAAGAACUGUUGUAUUGGAGCUUUGUACUGUAAAGUACUCUUGAAUAAAGUUGGUAAGAUACUAGAAUCAAUGUGUCAAAAUUUCAUUUACCCUGUGAGCCUAAUACUCAAAUUAGUAAAAACUGUCAUUAAAAAGGAAAAAACACCCAUAAGAACC